AUGGCCCCCAUCGCCUUCGCUGUCCGCUCCACAAUAUUGCAUACUGCGCCUUCCCGUAACAAACGAGCCUCAUCUGCGACCAACAAUCCCGCUCUCUUGAUUGGUAUCAGUGUCUCAAUUAUAUGCUUCGUUAUCGUUAUUGGAGCAGGAUGGUUUUUCAUCUGGAGGAGGAGGAGGGCGGUAAGGAGGCUUUCAGGUGGUGUGGAGGAGCCCUCGGAGCUUGACACGACAUGUGGUCGACAGAAGCACAGAUACGAACAAAACGCACCAAGAAUAACACCAGAGCUGGAUGGGAACGUGACACCAGUCGAAGCCGGUGCUACUGCUACAUUACCAAGAUAUCCAGAAUUGCUACGGCGGCCACACGAGCUCGCAUCAGCAGAGAAAUCCGACUUCACAGAACUGGGUAGAUAUAGUGAGCCAGAGCAGUUUGUCGAUUGUAAUGAGAGAAUUGAGCAAGAACAUCUACCAAUCGGGCAAAGGGCAUUGAGUAUCCAACAGCCCAUACAAGAUUAUGUCGAUCCGUUUGAAGUCGAACUUAACUUAAACCCUGUUUACUAUCCAUCUCGUGCCGGUCUAUCUGACAGACCAGGCGAGCACCCAGAUCAAACGAUAUAUCUCCCGGACUCCGAGAGGCAGCGGGUACACAGUCUCAUCCCGCUUCCUCUUAGAUCAGGAACAUCAGAUAUGGAGAUGCAUUCCACAGAGACGUCUACAAAUGCCGAUGAAUUGCAUAUGCGAGAGCCAACGCCGAACUGGAACAGGACGUCCAUCGACGUAGGACAGAGAGCGAAUGCAUGGCCGCUGAGAGACACGAAGAAUCAGCUGGAUUUGGAAAUUCAAAGGCAAAUUGACGAAACAGAGGGCACGCCUGAGCACGACAAAAUGGAAGUAGAUGCAAUCUCUACCUUCUCACCAACUCCUCGAGCAGCUGGUCCAAGUCGUGCUUUUUCUCCACCACUUGUUUCCAAUUUAGCGCCCCGCAGGAGAGUAGCAGUCCUCGAUCUACAUCCCUUGGAGACUGAUAACGGAAAAGCUGAACGGGAUAAUGACCAGAGCAAGGGUAGAGACAGUAACUUAAACCAAAGACGGCGUCAGAAGCAACAAUUCGAAAACCACAUCAAGCCCACAGUCAAGCAAGUCCACGCCUGA